UAAUCAUAGUCUUGAACAGGAAAAGAGCUUCCCUCCGUGUACAGAGGGAGUGCAGGUUGCUGCGGCCAUCGCGCUGCCUGCUCCUCCGCUUCACUGGUCAGCGUGUUCUGGCAGAUGGCCACGAUGUUGCAAGUUGCCAGAUCGGCAUCGAAAUGUGAUUACUGGAUCGACGGCUCUAACAAAGAAAGCGCCCUAGAAGACUACUAUGAGAUCGAAGCCGAACUGGGACGCGGUGCUACUUCAGUGGUGUAUCAAUGUAGACAAAAAGGAACCGAGAAGCCUUUUGCUGUGAAAAUGCUGAAGAAAACUAUAGAUAAAAAAAUAGUUCGAACUGAAAUCGGCGUUCUACUUAGACUCUCCCACCCCAAUAUUAUCAGACUGAAAGAAAUCUUUGAGACUCUAACAGAGAUUAAUUUGGUUCUGGAACUGGUCACAGGAGGAGAACUAUUUGACAGGAUUGUUGAAAAGGGAUAUUACAGUGAAAAAGAUGCUGCAAGUGCUGUCAAACAAGUUCUGGAGGCAGUUGCAUACCUGCAUGAAAAUGGAAUUGUUCAUCGUGAUCUCAAGCCUGAAAACCUCCUCUAUGCUUCUCCUACUCCAGAUGCAUUGUUAAAAAUAGCUGACUUUGGACUUUCCAAAAUUACAGAAGAACAAGUGACCAUGAAGACGAUAUGUGGAACACCAGGAUACUGUGCCCCUGAAAUUUUACGAGGUUAUGCCUAUGGACCAGAAGUUGACAUGUGGUCAGUGGGAGUCAUCACCUACAUAUUACUGUGUGGCUUUGAACCAUUCUAUGAUGAGAGGGGAGAUCAAUACAUGUUUAAGAGGAUCCUGAACUGUGACUAUGACUUUGUCUCCCCCUGGUGGGAUGAGGUUUCACUUAAUGCAAAAGAUUUGGUUAGAAAGUUAAUUGUUUUGGAUCCUAAGAAACGCCUGACUACCUAUCAGGCCCUGCAACACCCCUGGGUAAUAGGAAAAGCAGCAAAUUUCAUUCAUAUGGAUAACGUGCAAAAGAAACUUCAGGAAUUCAAUGCUCGUCGCAAACUAAAAGCUGCUGUAAAAGCUGUGGUGGCAUCUAGUCGCCUUGGAAAUACCAAUAGCCAGAAUAACAUUGAAAAUAGCAGCACUGAUCCCAAUGAUUCAUCGUUCUCGCAGAACAUAGCAGUGGAAAAUGAAAACAGUCAAGAUUUACAAAAAACAGUGGAAGAUGAUGUGAAUCAACACACUGGUGAUGUUAACACUGCUAAUCCUGGUAAUGGCAGCAGUGAUGUCAGUGCUGAUACCAACACUGGUGAAGCCUCCAGUGAUAUCAGUGCUGAUACCAACACUGGGGAAGCCACCAGUGAUGUCAGCAGUGGUGAAAUCACCAUGUUAGACACAUAGGAAAGGUCAAAGGAAACACUGCAAGAAUAAGAAUUCCCUGAUGAUAUAUACAAGAAUGGGGUGUUUUUCAGGAACUGGGAAUUCUGUGCAGUCUUUCUUAGAAGUGUUAUCAUACAGAAAAGCA